AUGGAGGGAACAAGGAAUGAAUCUGGGAAGGAAGAAAUUGAGGACAAAAGGCAAAAUGGAGUGGGCAUCGGCAAGGGAAAGGAUGGAAAGAAAGAAGAGGUAUACAACUGGCGGUACUGGCAUGGAAUACAAGUUUAUGAGGAGCUAUGCCUGGUCGAUGGCGAGUUACCACCACUUUUGGCACGGAAUGGAUCAACCAAGGGUAAGUUAACCAAGGAUCAGGUAGAGGAGGACAGGGAAGAGGCUACAAGUAAGAAUCAAAAGAUUAGAUAA